AUGGUCAUAUUCUUUGACAUGGUGGAAAGGUUUCUUGAAGUCUUUAUGGAUGACUUUUCUGUGUUCGGGAAUGAUUUUGAAGAUUGCUUGAAAAAUUUGGAAUUAGUUUUGGGCCACUGUGAAGAAACGAAUCUUGUUUUAAAUUGGGAGAAAUGUCAUUUCAUGGUUUGUGAAGGAAUUAUCCUGGGGCAUAGGAUAUCACAAAGAGGAAUGGAAGCGAACAUAGCAAAAAUUGAAGUAAUAGAGAAAUUUCCACCUCCCACUAGUGUUAAGGGUAUUAGGAGUUUUUUAGGUCAUGCAGGUUUUCAUAGAAGGUUCAUUGAGGAUUUUUCGAAGAUAUCUAAACCCUUGUGCACUUUUUUGGAGCAAAAUAGACCUUUCAAUUUUGAUGAACAAUGUUUGGCGGCCUUUGAAAAGUUAAAGAAAAAACUCAUAACAGCACCAAUUGUGGUAGCUCUAGAUUGGACACUACCUUUUGAACUCAUGUGUGAUGCCAGUGAUUAUGCUGUGGGAGCCAUGUUGGGGCAAAGGAAAGACAAAAUACUGCGGGAGUUUGACUUGGAAAUUAGAGAGCGGAAACGGACUGAGAAUCAAGUGGUUGAUCACUUGUUGAGAAUAGAAUCUGGAAGUGAAGACUUUAUGGGUCCAUUUCCACCAUCAGUGGGCAAGGUGUACAUACUGUUAGCAGUGGACUAUGUCUCUAAGUGGGUCGAGGUUGUUGCUCUUCCUACCAAUGAUGCAAGGUCAGUAACGAAGUUUUUACACAAGAACAUUUUUACAAGAUUUGGUACACCUAGAGCCAUUAUUAGUGAUAAGGGGUCUCAUUUUGACUGCAAGUUGGUAGCCAAUGCUUUGCAUCGAUAUGGGGACUGGUUUACCAAGUUGGAUAAAGCUUUGUGGGCUUAUCGUGCCGCAUACAAAACUCCGUUGGGGAUGUCACCUUUUAAGCUUGUCUAUGGCAAGCCAUGUCACCUUCCUGUUGAACUUGAGUACAAAGCAUUUUGGGCUAUUAAGAAGAUGAACACAGAUUGGGUUGCUACCGGCCAUAAAAGCUUGUUAGAAUUAAAUCAAAUGGAGGAGUUCCAAGCGUACAAGGAAAAGACCGAACGUAAAUUAAAGUCUCGUUGGUCAGGUCCUUUUGAAGUAGCCCAAGUGUAUCCUUAUGGUGCUGUUAAUAUCAAGGAUUUGAAAAUGGGAGUCACAUUUAAAGUUAAUGGGCAACGUUUAAAGCACUAUUGGGGUGCCCAUAUGGAUCGAGACAAGCACUCCAUUGAUCUUCGAGAUGUUUGA